GUUUCCAUGAUAUACUGCAUAACUCAGAUGCCACCUUGAGUGUUUGGUUCCAAGCAUCCCCUUUUUAAAAACCCAGAGAGAUUGUCAACAUUGUAAAAAGUGCAGGUAUAAUUAGGGAAUUGGAAACAAGGCCUUCAUGAGGAGAGAUUGAGGAAAUCAGAUAUAUUUAACUGGGAGAAGAGGCAGUUAAAGAGAAGAGACUAAGGAAGGGAAAUGAUAGUGCUUUUUAAGUAAUUGGAGGAAAGUUACAAUGACAAAGAUCAAGAUCUUUUCUCACUCUCCCCAUUGUUAGGGACACAAAAUACUGGAAGAACUUCCUAACAUGAAGCACAUUUUGACAACUAAAGCCAGAGACAUGGUGGGAUCUUGUCAUGGGAUGUGUUCAGAGAAAAGGCUGAGCAGGGAGUGCUUUAAUUUGAUGCUAGGGCUAGUUUUGAUUGCCUAAUUAGCCCUUUCUGACUCUUGUUGGUUUGAACAUUUAUAGCUAAAACAUAUACCUGGUUGUGAUAAAUGCCAUUUAAAACCAUUAAUGGCAUUCAAAUCAAAUGUCAACAAAGUAACAAUAGAAGAAAAUAUUUGUAGAUCAGGGUGGAAGUGUGGAAUCUUUGGUGCUCUCUGAGCUUGGAUGUUUUCUUACAGAUGUUGGAUGUAAUGAAAUGACUGUGGCAAACAACCAAACUCAAAAAGGCACCAAGAACUCCAAAGAGAAGUAGCAGUUCCCAGCUAUUAAACUGAGGAAGAUACAAUGGAUCUGGCCUAUAUCUCUGAGUGGGAGAAGCGGCCAAAGAGCAACCAUUGCCCAUCCAUUUCACUGGUCUGUGCCUGGUCUUGUCGCAACUUGAUUGCUUUCACCACAGAUCUCAAAAAUGAGGAGGAAAAAGACCUCACACACAUGAUCCACAUCCUUGACACAGAACACCCGUGGGACGUCCACUCCAUCAAUUCUGGACACAUUGAAAUAAUCACCUGCUUGGAAUGGGAUCAGUCAGGAUCCAGACUUCUCUCUGCUGACGCUGAUGGGAACGUCAAAUGUUGGAGCAUGAUGGACCACCUGGCCAACAGCUGGGAGAGCGAGGUGGGCAGUGAAGUGGAAGGAGACCCAGUAGUGGCACUUUCCUGGCUGCACAAUGGGGUGAAACUGGCUUUGCACGUGGAGAAGUCUGGAGCAUCCAAUUUUGGUGAGAAAUUCUCCCGGGUCAAAUUCUCCCCAUCGUUGACUCUCUUUGGGGGGAAACCUAUGGAGGGCUGGAUCGCAGUAACCAUCAGCGGGCUGGUCACCGUCUCACUGCUGAAGCCCAACGGGCAAGUGCUGACCUCCACGGAGAGCCUCUGCCGCCUGCGCUGCCGAGUGGCCUUGGCUGAUAUUGCUUUCACCGGUGGAGGCAACAUUGUGGUGGCCACGUCAGAUGGCAGCAGUGCCUCUCCAGUCCAGUUCUACAAAGUCUGCGUCAGUGUGGUGAACGAGAAGUGUAAGAUUGACACCGAGAUCCUCCCCUCCUUGUUCAUGCGCUGCACCACUGACCCAGCUCGGAAAGACAAAUAUCCUGCAAUCACCCACUUGAAAUUUCUAGCUCGGGACAUGUCUGAACAGAUGCUGCUGUGUGCCUCCAGUCAGAACAAUAGUAUUGUGGAGUGCUGGUCACUCCGGAAAGAAGGACUGCCAGUUAACAACAUUUUCCAGCAGAUUUCUCCCACAGUUGGGGACAAGCCGCCGAUGAUCUUGAAAUGGCGGAUCCUUUCAGCCACUAAUGACCUGGACCGAGUUUCUGCUGUGGCGUUACCCAAACUGCCAAUUUCUUUGACCAGCACCGAUCUGAAGGUAGCAAGUGACACCAAGUUCUACCCAGGUUUAGGCCUGGCGCUUGCUUUCCACGAUGGCAGCGUCCACAUCAUCAACCGUCUCUCCUUGCAAACCAUGGCGGUGUUUUAUGGCUCCAGCUCGCAGCGCCCGGUGGAUGACCAGACCAUCAAACGGCAGAGAACGUCGGGCCCUCUGAUCUACUUCAAAGCGAUGCAGAUGUCUUGGACUUCGCUGGCCUUAGUUGGGGUCGAUAGCCAUGGAAAGCUUAGCAUGUUCAGGAUCUCUCCCUCCAUGGGGCAUGUUUUGGAUAUGAAUAUUUCCCUCCGUCAUUUGCUUUUCCUGUUGGAGUACUGCAUGGUGACAGGAUAUGACUGGUGGGACAUCCUGCUUCACGUCCAGCCCGGCAUGGUGCAAAAUCUGGUGGAAAAGCUGCAUGAGGAAUACAUGCGCCAGAAUGCUGCCCUGCAGCAGGUUCUGUCCACACGCAUCAUUGCCAUGAAAGCCUCACUUUGCAAGCUCUCCUCCAGUACGGUGGCACGCGUGUGCGACUACCACGCUAAGCUUUUCCUGAUCGCCAUCAGUUGCACCCUGAAGUCCCUGCUCCGGCCCCCCGUCCUCAACACGCCCGACAAGACCCCUGGAGACAGGCUCACUGAGAUCUGUGCUAAAAUCACCGAUAUAGAUAUUGACAAAGUGAUGAUUAAUUUGAAGACAGAAGAAUUUGUGCUGGAGAUGACCACCUUGCAAUCUCUCCAACAACUGAUCCAGUGGGUUGGGGACUUUGUGCUCUAUUUGCUUGCCAGUCUCCCCAACCAGGGCUCUGGACCCGCAUCAGGACCUGUUCGGCCAGGUCACAGUUUCCUCCGGGAUGGAGCCUCCCUGGGGAUGCUCCGCGAACUGAUGGUCAUGAUCCGGAUCUGGGGCCUCUUGAAGCCAAGCUGUCUUCCCAUUUAUAUAGCCACGUCUGACACCCAGGACAGCAUGUCCCUCCUUUUCCGGCUUCUUACCAAAUUGUGGCUGUGCUGUCGUGACGAAGGACACCCCAGCGAGCCGGACGAUACCUUGAUCGAUGAAUGCUGUCUCCUACCCAGCCAGCUCCUCAUCCCAAACAUGGAUUGGCUUCCGGUGAACGAUGCCAUCAUCAGCAAGCUGCAGAACAAGCAGCCGGUCCGGCUGCAGUUUGGAAAGACUCCCGGGAUCGUUGGACACCCGGCUUCAGUUCCGUGCGAUGCGUUUACCAGGACUACUGGGUACCCAAAGAUUGACCACCUGCGGCGACUCCAUCUUGGAGCUUAUCCUACUGAAGAAUGCAAGUCCUGUACGAGGUGCGGCUGCGUUACAAUGCUCCGUUCGCCCAAUAAGACCACGGCUGUGAAGCAAUGGGAGCAGCGAUGGAUCAAGAAUUGCCUUUGCGGUGGUCUUUGGAGAAGAAUGCCCCUCAGCUACUCAUGAUGGACGCCAGGACUCUUUGUCUUAACCAGAUGGGAUUUCCGAGGAGUUUUGCAGCUUACUCCAGAAGCUCCAUUAAAAAAAAAUGUCCUGGAGGUGAUCAAAAUCCCCAACAUAAGAUAUGACAGAAAGAGUUGCGGGUGAUUUUAUCCACCCCUUGGAGGAGAAGACUUUCCUGGGCCGAAGCACCAAGAGAAAUCAAUGGAAGGCGCUGGAAGAGUUUGAAUUGAUUGGCACUUCUGGUAGCAAAAGGAAUUUGGCCAGUGCCAAAGUUGCAUUGAUAUCCCUAAAUUGCACCAUCGUUUCUUCUCUUUAUUAGCUUUUUAAUAUUAUUGAGAUUUUAGCUCAGCAUUCAGGAAGGGUUAAAAUGCUACAUUAAAAAUGAAGCAUUUUUUUUAGCAUUGUUCGAGUUGCAGAAAAUUAGACAAUUGUAGGAAAGCAAAGAGCUUUUCUUGGUGCGUGAAUUUGCUUCGUGCAGAGAAUUGUGGGAGAGGGUUAGGGAAAACAUUUUUACUAUAACAUUCUUCCUUAUUUUUCCACAUGCUCCUGCCGCCAAACUCCCUCUUAUCUAGAAACUAACGUAUUGGAAAACUGAGGUCAAACCUAUUCCAUCCUUCUCUACUUCUGCCUGUUGUCUGAAAUAAUCCAGUCUAAAAUCCUUCCAUUUCAGGAAGAUUUGGUUCUUCUGAUAUGUCUGCUUUUAAACUUCUAGCUCUACAUUUUUCAGAGACCAUUCCUUUGAAAAGGAUGUGGUGAUACAAGGAUGUGAAAACAGUCCUUUUUAAAAAAUUUCCUGGGAUUCCAGACUCCACAGAUCCCUCGGUGCAAGAGUGUGUGUGUGUGUGUGCGUGCGUGUGUGUGUGUCUGCCUCCUACAAAGGAGUUGCAAAUUUUUUUGCAAUUUUUUUAAUCCCUCACGGAUGAGCUGUGGCUUUCUUUGUGCCCAAUAAUUCUGUGUUUUCUCAGAAAAUGGAGACAGCGAAGACGUUAAAGAUAUUCACGGAUAAGCGAUGGUUUUAUAAAUAUUGUAACGGGAUCAGAGUUUGUACAGAUUGUAAUUCUAGAGUUUUGUAUGCUUUGUAAAUGGAGGACUUCUUUUAUUCUUUGUUUUGCCUCGUGAUGUACUUCCCUGCCUCUCUGAACUUUUAAAGCAAAAAACAAACAAACCCCAAACCCUUACAAGGAACUCCCUCCCUCUCAAAUACAGCUUGGGACAGUUUUUAAAUUC